AGCAUCAUUUCAUUUUUAAUAUUUCCCUUCCCCUUUUAACUAAAACGUUUCUUUUUUGGGGCAUAGACUUGGUUUUUUACCAAAUCAAGAAAAGGAUGAGGUUUCAAUUUUCUAUUACAUUAAAACGCCUUGUUUCUUAAUAUGGUGGGGCUCGGGGAACCAAUGGGGGAUAGGUGGAUGAAUAAGGAAAGCUUGGUCUGAUGAGUCUAUAUGCUUCCUUGCUUCCACUUUUUCUGAGUUUCUCUGCAGUUAUUGCUACCUCUCUUUUGGGUGCUUCCUUUUUCCAUUCUCAACUCAACACUUUUAAUUUCUUCCCUUUUCUGUGCACAACUCCUUUAUUCUCUCUUCAUUGGUCAAAAGAUUUCUGGGAUUUUGCUAAUUUGGUGCAAAUCUGAUUCCCUUUGACAACCCUUCUCUUGGCUUUUUGAGAAAUCUACGACGAUUUCAAGUUUCUUUUUUUAGUUGGUGUUGGAAUCUUCUGUGCGUUCAUAGCUUUUUCUGGGUCUUCUAGUCUUGCUUGGAAGGCACAAGUUUGGUGGAAACCUCCUAUAUUGGCUACUCAUACAAGGAAGCAUAGUUUGUGGUUCAUUCUACUUGAAACGCUUAGAGAUGGUGAGAGGAAAGACUCAGAUGAGGCGCAUAGAGAACGCCACAAGCAGGCAAGUCACUUUCUCAAAGAGGCGUAAUGGGUUGCUGAAGAAGGCUUUUGAACUUUCUGUUCUUUGUGAUGCUGAGGUUGCUCUUAUCAUUUUUUCUCCAAGAGGCAAGCUUUAUGAAUUUGCAAGCUCCAGCAUGCAGGAGACAAUUGAACGCUACCGCAGGCAUAACAGGAGUGCUCAAACAAUACACAGAUCAGAUGAACAAAAUAUGCAGCAUUUGAAGCAAGAAACAGCAAACUUGAUGAAGAAGAUUGAGCUUCUUGAAGCUUCAAAACGGAAACUCUUGGGAGAGGGUUUAGGAUCAUGCUCCUUAGAAGAACUGCAACAGAUAGAAGAACAGUUGGAAAGGAGUGUAAGCAGUGUUCGUGCAAGAAAGAAUCAGGUUUACAAGGAUCAAAUUGAGCAACUAAAGGAAAAGGAAAAAACCCUACUUGCUGAAAAUGCCAAGCUCUCUGAACAGUAUGGUAUCCCGCCACAGCCAGCAACAUGGGAUCAAAGAGAAAAUCAACCCUAUGCAGAAAGCAGCCCAAGUUCAGAUGUGGAGACUGAAUUGUUCAUUGGACUACCCAGAUCUGGUUGAACAUAAUUUAAUCCUUGUCUGUGCAAGUAUGAAAUAAGGGGAAGCCCAAUUGUCACCAAUGUAUUAUAUAACAUAUGAUUCCUAAUGCUAUGAGAUGAAUAAUAUUGACCCUUAUAAAGAACCUUCUAACUGUAUGAUUAUGGUUUAAUUUAAUAUGUAUGUACCUUUUCUUAUUCCUGU